GUCACGUGACCGCGUUCUAGCCUAGACAGUAAAUACCAGAGGCUAGCUUAGACUGCUAACAGCUAUUCCCUCCUCACCAUGGACUUCCAGCCGUAGUCCGCGGGAGGCCAGCUUCCUCUGAGGGAUGACACCACUUUCUCUGCCGCGGGAGGAGAAACUCAACCAAAAGAACACGGAAGCCCGGGCUGGUUGAUCAAAUCUCCGCUUAGCAUCAGAACUUUUAGCCUCCAGAAGCUAGCGGCUAGCCGCCGCCUGGUGACUAUGCAGGGGGAAACCGCUGCGGUAAACGAGAGCAAGCUGGAUGGGUUCCCCGCAAACAGAACCCCGAGUUCGGGGAGAGCGGGCGGGAAAAGCUGGCAGUACAGCGAUCACAUGGAGAACAUAGACGGGUACCUGAUGAAAUACACCAACUUGGUGACGGGCUGGCAGUACAGGUUCUUCGUCCUGAACAAUGAAGCGGGUCUGCUGGAGUACUUUGUCAAUGAACAGUCUCGUCCCCAGAAGCCCAGAGGGAUGCUCCCCCUGGCCGGGGCUGUCAUCUCCCCCAGCGAUGAAGACUCGCAUACCUUCACUGUCAACGCCAUCAGCGGAGAGCAGUACAAGCUCAGAGCCAGCGACGCCAAAGAGAGGCAGCACUGGGUCAGCAGGCUGCAGAUCUGCACGCAGCACCAUACAGAGGCCAUGGGGAAGAGUAAUCCCCCUCCCGAUUCCCGCAGCUACUCUGUGGCGUCUCAAAGCAGCGCCGGCUCCCCCAUGUCUCUCCGGCGGCCGAGCCAAAACGCCAACGCCUUGUUCGGCUGGGGGCAGAGCCACAAGGGCUCCAUCUACUCCAGCAAGAAGUCCCUGGUGCCAGACCACCUGCUGGACGCCAGAGAGAUGAUGAGCCAGGCCCAGGGCCAACACAAGGACCUGAUCCAGAGCAUCGAGGGGCUGCCGGCGGCCCCCGGCCUCUCCCCUUUGGACCAGGACCUCCUGAUGCUGAAGGCCACCUCCAUGGCCACCAUGAGCUGCCUGAACGAGUGCCUGCAAAUCCUGCACCUGCAGCAGGUGGCCCGCCAGAGAGCCUCGCUGGGAGGACCCACCAUCGAGUGGCUGGAGCCCAAAGUGCCCGACAUCCUGAAGAACGGCAGCAGCUCUCUGAGCGACUUCACCACGGGGGAGGCCCCGCCGGAGGGGGGGCGCCUGGAGCUCAGCCCCCCUGAGUCUGAGAGCUUCUCUGGGGAGCAGGAGGAGAUCGACCCUGAGGAGGAGGUGGAGGACUCCUUCACAGAUGAGGAGGAGGACCUGGGAGCUGUGGAGGAGGAGCGCAGCGUCAUCCUGCACCUGCUGUCGCAGCUGAAGCUGGGCAUGGACCUCACACGGGUGGUUCUCCCCACCUUCAUCCUGGAGAAGCGCUCGCUGCUGGAAAUGUACGCCGACUUCAUGUCCCACCCGGAGCUUUUCGUCGCCAUCACCGACGGGACCAGCCCCGAAGACCGCAUGGUGCGGUUUGUAGAGUACUACCUCACAUCCUUCCACGAGGGCCGCAAGGGCGCCAUCGCCAAGAAGCCCUACAACCCAAUCAUCGGCGAGACCUUCCGCUGCUCCUGGAGGGUCCCCAGGACGGCGGAGGCCUCCACAGAGCCCCCGCAGGGAGGUCCGGACCCCUCCACCAACACCCAGGAGCCCUACCAGGUGCGCUUCGUGGCGGAGCAGGUGUCCCAUCAUCCGCCGGUGUCCGGCUUCUACGCAGAGUGCCAGGAGAGGCAGAUGUGUGUGAACACGCACGUGUGGACCAAGAGCAAGUUCAUGGGGAUGUCUAUUGGCGUGUCCAUGAUCGGAGAAGGUUGUUUACAUUUGCUGGAGCACGAUGAAGAGUACACGUUCACGCUGCCCUGCGCCUACGCCCGCUCCAUCCUCACUGUUCCCUGGGUGGAGCUGGGGGGGAAGGUCAACAUCAGCUGCAACAAAUCGGGUUACUCCGCCGUCAUCACCUUCCAGACCAAACCUUUCUACGGCGGUAAAUUACACAAGGUGACGGCGGAGGUGAAGCACAACCCCACCAAUGCGGUGGUGUGCCGAGUGCAGGGCGAGUGGAACGGCGUGCUGGAGUUCAUUUACACCAGCGGAGAGACGAAGGUGGUGGACGUCACCAAGCUUCCCGUCAUAAGGAAGCGGGUCCGCCCCAUAGAGAAGCAAGCUCCGACUGAGUCCAGGCGACUAUGGCAGCACGUGACGGAGGCCCUCCGGCAGAAGGACAUCGAGAAAGCCACCGAGCACAAACGGGUUCUGGAGGAACGGCAGCGUAGCGAGGCGAGGCACCGCGCAGAGACAGAAACACCAUGGAGGACCAGAUACUUCGAUCAGGAGGGCGAAGGCUGGGCGUACCGCAAACCUCUCUGGAAAAACUCUGCAUCCAAGUCCUACGUUUCCUGUCUUUAGAAUGGAGGGCUGAAAAUGGCGGGCUGGGAUGUGAAAGCUGCGGCCUGCUGAAGCCGCAUGGGGAGAGUCGGCCUAUCGGGUGACGCCUGAAUUCUCACAGAACAAGGUUACAUCCUGCUGAGCUGGAGGGGGGGGGGGGAUUUUAUAACUAAACGCUGGUGAAAACAUAUUCUUGUACAGGUACUUACAGCCUUAAGACGGUUUGGAUGAAUGUUGCUUGGUUUGAGUCUUUUCUUCACCUUCUGCUCUGCUUUCAUAAAAGGAAGACGUUUGUUCCGGAAAUAACCACAGUAGAGCCACCAAGCAUCCAUUUAGUAGGAAAGAUCAGGCCGAGUGUUCGACAGGAGAGUCCGUUUUUAUCUUAAAUUAGACGGAGAAAUUAAAUGAAAGAGGAGGACGUUGGAUAAUAAGGUUGAAUUUUUUUUUUUUUUUUUUACGGGAAAUAAAUGGGAUGAUUAGUUGGUAAAAAUAAAUAUAUGGUUUAUGAAUUUACAUAAAUGACCCUUAAAGUCAUUUUAAAGGUAUUAAUCAAUAUUUAUGACCAGGAAUGACAAAGUUUGGCCUAUAAAUAACCGCUUUAUUCACCAUUUCUACAAGCAGAGCAAUUUGCAGAAAUGUCUUUAUUCUGUGAUUGUUUUCCAUCUACGCAUAAUAUUUAUUUUCUUUGUCUGAAUGUUCAUCUUUAAUCUUAAUUUUUUCCCCAAUAAAAAUGAUUUUUUUCUUUACCUGCCCCCUCCCCUUAUUCAAUUUUAACGUUUAUCCUGUCGUAUUAUUUUACUUAAAACGUCAUACUUCGACGUUGUCCAAUCAUCCUAUAUUCUCUUAACCAAGCAUCUUCAAGUGCAAUUUAAUCAUUCUGCAGAUUCUACUUUCAAAACCACCUAAAAAGCAUUUGUUAGCAUUAUAAAAUAGUAAAUGACAUCAGUCAAUCACUGGCAACAGAAAACCAAGUAUAUUUCCUGUCUGAAAGAACAAUAUGCUAAAAAGGAAAAAU